GGGUUUAACGGUGAGCUGAACACCAAUCAGAAAGCUAAAAAUACAAAGAUAAUCCAGUGAGAAAACCAAUGAGAAUGAAGUAGGCGGAGGGCUCAUGGCGAAAGUCGUUUGAAAAGCCUGUCAUUUUGGCUCCAAUGUAACGGCCUGUUUCUAUUCACCGCUAUUUCAACUGAGAGCCAAUAUGGCGACUAAAGCGCGUUGGUUUCCAGCUUCGUCAGUACUUGGCCAGUACGCGUGAUCGCUCCCUACGUUUGAUAAUCGCUUUUUUUUUUUUUUUUUUUUUACGAGUUGUUUUUCUUUGCUCGGAGGGAGCUGUCUUGCGGAGAUUUGGGGAUUUAUUUUUAUUUGCUUUUCAUUCCUUUCUUACAAAACAUGCAUUGCAUGCAUAAACCACAGCUUUGUACACCCGUCAAUUUAUAAACAAAUUAUCCAAUUAUUUUGCAUACUGUUAUGUUAGCUAUUAAAAUAAAAUCGUACAAAUGUAACCACUGCAAGCUCACAAAAACAACAUGCGCAAACGUCCAAGCAUUAUUUCAAAACAACAAUGCCGAUACUCUGAAAAUUAAAACCGUAGAGCUCCAGAGGCAGGACACCCAAAAGACAAAUGAUUGGUUUCUCAAAAAAGUAGGCGGCAGUGUAAAUUGCUUUUCGGCGAACCUACUUGAAAAGCCUCUCAUUUUGGCUCGAAUGUAACAGAAUUUUUCCAUUCAGCACUAUUCAACCGAGAGCCAACAUGGCGACUAAACCGCGUCAGAUUCUAGCCUUUUCCCAUUGGUCAGUAGGCGGGGCCAGAGCAGCAACGCUAGCCAGCUGAUCGCUUCUUUUCUAGAGCUAGAGUUGGCUUUUCUUAGCUCGGAGGGAGCUGCCUUGCAGAGAUUGGGGACUCUGCUGUUUUUUUUUUAUUGUUUGUUUUCCACAUCUUGCUUAUAAACAUCCGAGAAUUGCUUUAAAGUGUAUUCCAUACCACAACAACUUAGGGCAGCCUGUAGUUUUUCAUUUUCAGCUCAUAUGUCAUUUGUAAUUAAGUUUGACGUUAUUCAAUUGCUCCUAAUUUCAAAACGUCUGCAUGAAAAGUUUCAUGGGAAGGAAAACGGUAGAGCGUUGUGGAUAAGUCGACGUGAUAGCGAGCAUCCCGUCGAUAUGUUGUUUUUACUAGAAAACCAGGUCAGUGUCAGUGUUUGGACGGACUCGUCCUCCGCCGAACUGAUCCAGGCUGCGGUUCCCCCGUCCGUGCAGCUCGGUCUCACGGUUCUCUACACGGUUUUGUACUCGCUGCUCUUCGUGUUUGUUUACCUGCAGCUCUGGUUGGUUCUGCACUACGGACACAAGCGCUUCAGCUACCAGAGUGUUUUUCUCUUUCUGUGUUUGCUCUGGUCGGCUCUGAGGACGACACUAUUCUCUUUCUACUUUAAAAAUGUUGUUCAAGCAAACCAGCUUCAGCCUUUGCCGUUCUGGCUCCUGUAUUGUUUUCCAGUCUGCCUGCAGUUCUUCACCCUGUGUCUGCUCAACCUUUAUUUUGCUCAGGUGAUUUUCAAAGCCAAAGCGAAAUAUUCACCGGAACUCAAUAAGUACAAGGUGCCCCUGCGUCUAGGAUUUCUGCUGGCUAGUGUUUUUUUCCUGGUGGUGAACGUGACGUGUGCCAUGCUGGUUCAGGGAGAUGUGGGUGAGAGUGAGGUGAAGGAUGCCGUUCUGGCACGAGUGCUGGUUAACGACAGCCUCUUUGUGCUCUGUGCGAUCUCACUCGCCAUCUGCAUCUUCAAGAUCGCUAAAAUGUCUUCUGCCAAUGUCUACCUGGAGUCAAAGGGGACAUCAGUAUGCCAGGCCACAGCCAUUGGGGCAGCAGUUAUCCUCCUCUACACCUCCAGAGCCUGUUAUAACCUGGUUGUGGUGGCUCUUUCUCCUGAAGAUCGGCCCAGCCCGUUUAAUUAUGGCUGGUACAAUGUAUCUGACCAGGCGGAUGCAGAGAAGAUCAAUGGGGAAGCCUAUGUGGUCUUUGGGAUCAUCCUGUUCUUCUGGGAGUUGCUGCCCACCAGUCUGGUGGUGGUGUUCUUCAGAGUGCAGCGGCCCAAUCAGAACCUGACACCGGGUGGCAUGAUCAACAGUCACAGCUUUAGUUCCAGGGCGUAUUUCUUUGACAACCCACGCCGCUAUGAUAGUGAUGAUGAUCUGUCUAGAAACACAACUUCCCGAGGAGAUAGAUGCAGCAGUAUCCUGUCGUCCACACCGCAGAUGGGCCCAAGUUGGUACGGCUCGAUCCAGAGGAACGGCAGCCUAACGGCAAUCCCUCACCUGCUGAACGGCCCCCAAACAUCAACCGCCCCUCUUCUCUUUGCCUAUGGCAACAUUCAGACCAACCAGCACCACAAUUACUAUUCCACCCCCCAGAACUACUACUCGACCUCCCAAACACACUAUGCCACCCCUCAGAACUAAAGCAGAUACUUCUGUGGAACGAUCUAGUCUGAGGUUUGGCUCAGCCAGGACAUCGAGCAAUGCUUUAUG